UCUGUCAUCAUGCCUUUGGGCACGGAAUAGGUGUGUGGGAAUCUCUCUGAUCCCUAGAGUUUCCGGGUAGCUGCAUCUGUUCCCAGCGGGUCUACUCAGGCAGACAGCUCAGAGUUGAGGAGCAGAUCUCAGGGUGGGUGAGCAGGAAUUGCUGUGUGUCCUUGGCCUAACCAUAGUCACUCUCUGGGCGGUGCCUUAUGUCUGUUCUACCAGAUUACUCUCGGGACACUGACUGGCCUACAGUAUUCUGGGGUUUGACGGUUCACUGCAGAGCCUCUGAGUCUCAGAGUGAGGCUUGGAAUAGGAAGUCCUAGAAUGGUGUUAGGACUGAGAGAGGGCGGGCUUGGGAGGGCAGGAAGUGGGCUCUGGCUGAUUUACCUGCCCACCCUUUCCCGGCCCUCGAGGCUGCUGACUACAGUCAGAUGGGACCCAAAGGAGGGACUUGGCUCAGGACAAAUCUGUCAUUGGCUUGUAUUGAACCUGAACCACAGUUUCCUGUCCCCCGAGAGGGGUUAGAAGUUUUAGGGAUGUUUAGAUCAGAGUACAGUUAAGAGAUGUCUCUCUCAACCUCUUUGUCAGCCCUGGGGCUCCCUAGGAACCUCCUGGAAAAGUUUUGAAAAACCUCCGAGAUGGGAUUGACCACCAACUCGGUGCAGCUGCUGGGUACUGAGGCUGGCAGCUUAUGUCCCCACCUGAGCACUUAAGCAAGAAUCCAAAACUAUGCUGUGCCUUGUCCUUCCUUGGGGACCCCUGUCCUGCUAUCUACCUGGGUCUGCCCUGACACCUGUCAGUCUGUGAAGGUCUCUAAUUCUGCCUGGCUCUCUGCUGCCAGCCCUGUCUCCCUCGCUGGGUUCCAGACUCUGUCUCCAGUUGAUAAGUGCCUGUCUUCAUGAAUUGGGUCCCCCGAUAAUUGUUGAGUGGCUUCUUCCUCCUGUCUCUGCAUGUUCAGAUGAGUCUCCGUCACAUAGAUGCGAGUUUCCUUCUGGAUAGUGAAAGUGUAUUCUUGCCUUUACCACUGGAUACAGGUCUCCCAACACCUCUAUGUAUUGACUAUAUGUGCCUGUCUGUUUCUGUCUGUCCGGGGAUGGUCCUAGGAUGUCCCUUGCCAAAGGUCCUUGUAUUAUGCCUCCCUGCCUGUUGGAUGAAUGUAUUAUAUGCUACGUACACGCUGUAUGUAUGUCUUGUCUGAUGGGUGUCCUUGGCUUCCACUACAUGGUAGAUGCCUGUCUCUGUCUACAGGAUACCAUGUCAGGUCCCUGUUGUUCUAGGACCUAUCUGCUCAGCAGCUGGGUUGAUAUGGGACUUUCUCGCUGUAGGAGGAUGAAGGGGAGGGCCAGAGGGCAGACCUCAGGCACCGGGUAGUUGGGGGAGAGAGAAGGGAACAGAGUGAGGGUGGAUGGCUGGAGCUGGGAAACCACAGGCCCUGUCUGAUUGGCUGUCUUGAGCCUGGCCCAGCCCCCACGCCUUCACCCUGCACAUCCGCCUUGGGCCCAGCCACCUCCUUGGCAGUCCCAGUUGUUGCUUACCCUUGCCAUGGUGCCGUGGCCCUGCUGGGCGGAUGGAGCAGGACCCCAAGCUGCCCCGUCUGUGGCUCAGGACCCUGCUCCCCUGGCUACUCAGGAAGCAACGGUCCAGGAUCAGCCAGACUCUGCCUGGCCCUGGCUCUGGUCCCCAGCAGGACUCGGAUGAGGGCAUCCUCAAGGAGAUCUCUAUCACACACCACGUCAAGGCUGGCUCUGAGAAGGCUGAUCCAUCCCAUUUUGAGCUCCUCAAGGUUCUGGGCCAAGGAUCCUUUGGCAAAGUCUUCCUGGUACGCAAGGUCACCCGGCCUGACAAUGGGCACUUGUAUGCCAUGAAAGUAUUAAAGAAGGCCACGCUGAAAGUGCGUGACCGUGUUCGGACCAAGAUGGAGAGAGACAUCCUAGCUGACGUGAACCACCCCUUCGUAGUGAAACUGCACUAUGCCUUCCAGACCGAGGGCAAGCUCUAUCUUAUUCUGGACUUUCUGCGUGGUGGAGACCUGUUCACACGACUCUCAAAGGAGGUUAUGUUUACAGAGGAGGAUGUGAAGUUUUACCUGGCUGAGCUGGCACUGGGCCUGGACCACCUGCACAGCUUGGGCAUCAUUUACAGAGACCUCAAGCCUGAGAAUAUCCUUUUGGAUGAGGAGGGCCACAUCAAACUCACUGACUUUGGCCUGAGCAAGGAGGCCAUUGACCACGAAAAGAAGGCCUAUUCCUUCUGCGGGACGGUGGAGUACAUGGCCCCCGAGGUUGUCAACCGCCAGGGCCACACCCACAGUGCAGAUUGGUGGUCCUAUGGGGUGUUGAUGUUUGAGAUGCUGACGGGCUCCCUGCCCUUCCAGGGGAAGGACCGGAAGGAGACCAUGACCUUGAUUUUGAAGGCAAAGCUAGGCAUGCCCCAGUUUCUGAGCACGGAAGCCCAGAGCCUCCUGCGGGCCCUGUUCAAGAGGAAUCCUGCCAACCGGCUUGGCUCAGGCCCCGAUGGGGCUGAGGAAAUUAAGAGACAUAUCUUCUACUCUACCAUUGACUGGAAUAAGCUCUACCGCCGUGAGAUCAAGCCACCUUUCAAGCCCGCUGUGGCCCAGCCGGAUGACACCUUCUACUUUGAUACCGAGUUCACGUCACGCACACCCAGGGAUUCGCCGGGCAUCCCCCCCAGUGCUGGUGCCCAUCAGCUCUUCCGUGGCUUCAGCUUCGUGGCCACCGGUCUGAUGGAGGAUGACAGCAAGCCUCGGGCCACCCAGGCUCCGCUGCACUCGGUGGUACAGCAACUCCACGGGAAGAACUUGGUUUUCAGCGAUGGCUACAUAGUAAAGGAGACGAUCGGCGUGGGCUCCUACUCUGUGUGUAAGCGCUGUGUCCACAAGGCCACCAACAUGGAGUACGCAGUCAAAGUCAUCGACAAAAGCAAAAGAGAUCCCUCCGAAGAGAUCGAGAUUCUUCUGCGGUAUGGACAGCACCCCAACAUCAUCACCCUGAAAGAUGUGUAUGACGACAGUAAGCACGUAUACCUGGUGACAGAGCUGAUGAGGGGCGGGGAGCUGCUGGAUAAGAUCCUACGGCAGAAAUUCUUCUCAGAGCGGGAGGCCAGCUUCGUCCUGUACACCAUCAGCAAGACUGUGGAAUACUUGCACUCCCAAGGGGUCGUCCACAGGGACCUCAAACCCAGUAACAUCCUGUAUGUGGAUGAGUCUGGGAACCCCGAAUGCCUACGAAUAUGCGACUUUGGCUUUGCCAAGCAGCUACGGGCUGAGAACGGGCUUCUCAUGACACCUUGCUACACAGCCAACUUUGUGGCACCUGAGGUGCUGAAGCGUCAGGGCUACGAUGAAGGCUGUGACAUAUGGAGCCUGGGCGUUCUGCUGUACACGAUGCUGGCAGGAUACACUCCAUUUGCCAAUGGGCCCAGUGAUACCCCAGAGGAGAUCCUCACCCGGAUCAGCAGUGGGAAGUUCACCCUCAACGGGGGAAACUGGAACACGGUUUCAGAGACAGCCAAGGACUUAGUAUCUAAGAUGCUGCAUGUGGACCCCCACCAGCGCCUCACAGCCAAACAGGUUCUGCAGCACCCGUGGAUCACCCAGAAAGACAAGCUCCCCCAGAGCCAGUUGUCCCACCAAGACCUGCAGCUUGUGAAGGGGGCCAUGGCAGCUACAUAUUCUGCACUCAGUAGCUCCAAACCCACCCCCCAGCUCAAGCCAAUCGAGUCGUCCAUCCUGGCCCAGCGGCGGGUGAGGAAGCUGCCAUCCACCACCCUGUGAACCGCAGCGCAGACAAACUCCUUGGAGGCAGAGUCCUUCCCAGAGGGAGCAAGCCUGAGUCACAGGACCAAGUGGAAUGGAGUCCUAAAGGAAGCAACUAGCCCAGCUCACCCGUGCGGGUGUGAAGUGCCUUCCUCCCCAGGACGGGCUCUUCUGGGCUCAGGCUCCAUUGUGUGAAAUCCACUCACUGUACAAACUAUUUUUUAAGAAAGGAAAAGAAAAAUGACAUCAUUUACCAUGGAUUUUUUUUUUACAAGAUCCAUUUGCCUUUUUGGCCAUUGCAGUCCCAGGAGGAACACCCAGUCCCAUGUGUGGCCAAGACUCCCGUGAUAGCUUUGGGACUCCGCCCCUCUGUUGGUCAAGGAGCCAUCUGCACCCGCCUCCGAGCAGUUCGGCGUUGCCUCUCAGAGUUGUCGACUGGCUCCUCAGCAGAACUUGGUGUCCCCAGCCAUCUCUUUUUCCAUUCUGUUCUGGGGUUCUCGAACCACUUUCUGCUAAGAGCCCGGGACCCCACCCUGUCAGCUCUUGGCUCCAGGCACCAGCAUCCACAGCGCCCAUGCGCAGUGGGCCCCUGCAGUCAGAACGGGCAGCCCCGUGGAGAGGAGACGGAGAGCACUUUUUGGGAGACUUCCUGUCUGCCACUGGACAGAGUUCACAGGAGACCAGGGAGGUAGUCCACGGGGGAUGAGGGCUUUUCCCUUUCCUCCUCAGCUGGUAACUCAGGGUUCAUCUGUCCAAGGCCUUUCUAAUAAACCUACAGUCCAGUCAAA